AUGCAGGGCUGCUCCGUGCGAGAGAUGGCGGCGAGAUUCAGUGAUGUGCUCCGAGCCGCGCCUGGCCCUGGCCUCGUGGCGUCGACGGCGUCGGCGGCAGGAGCCGAGGAUGAAAGCGAUCCCAACUCGACCGGUCUUCCGCACCACUGCAUGAAUGUCCCAACGUUGACGCGCAUUCCCUGCCCGGGCAUGGUGCCGUUGCCACCACCGACACCACCACCACCGGCACCACCUUCGAAGGCAACGUCAUCCUCGUCGGCGUCAUUGUCAGCGUCGUCGUCGUCGUCGUCGUCCGUGGCUGGUGCCGAGGACGACCCGGCAGCGCCGCCGGGCCACCACGCGUUUCGCGCCACGCAGGUGUGGAGCGAGCUGCUGGCGACGCUGCGGGGCCACGUGGACGCGAGGAGGAGGAGGGUGCAGCUCCGCUACCACGACGACUGCUUCACGGGCGCCGACGUGGUGGACGUGCUGAUCACGCACCUCGCGAGGACGCCGCGCUUCAACGCCUCCUGCGAGCUGUCCAGGAUCCAGGUGACGCGGCUGUGCCAGUCGUUUGUGGACUGCGGGGAGCUGGAGCCGGUGGGCAGCGCGCGACGCUUCGGCUUCUUCGGGGAGAAGCGCGCUCCCACGUUCGAGGACGGCAGCUCCAGCUUCUACCGCUUCCCGCUCGAGGGCGGCGGAAUGGCGCGGUCGGCCAUCGGUUCGAAGGAGGCGGGGGACAGGGCAGAAGACUCCGGCCUGAUGUCCAACCGCACUGCGGUCGAGUCGAGCGACCAGGCCCUGGAGAAGAUGUUCAGCAGCGUGAACCUCCUGGGGCCCUCGCUCCCGGCCACUGCCGACAACGCCCCGGAGCGGGGCUGCCUGCUCUCCAAAAAGGCCGUGGCGGAGGUGUGGAGGCACCAGACACUGCUGCGACUGCUCCAGCUCAUAGACCUCACCGUGCUCGACUCGGUGCUGGAGUCGCCGCCCUCCUCGCCCAAGCGCGGCAAGAAGCGGCCGCCGGCGCCGUCGCCCGCGCCGCCCACCGCCACCGACGAUGACGACGACCUCAUCGUCCACAACCCCUACCUGGAGCUGACGGACGCCGGCCUCGGCCUGCCUGUCUUGGACGAGUGGCUGGCGGCCGCGCUGGACUGCCUGGACCACCUCCCCGACGCGCUCGUGGUGGAGGUGACGCAGAGGCUGCCGCGGGGCUGGGGCGGGGCGCACGGCGGCCCCGCCGGCGCCGCAGACCACCCCGACGGCGGUGACGGCGGCGACGCCGCCAAGCGCGUCCUCUUUGAGGUCGUCGGCCGCCACUACGGGCAGGCGAAGCGGCCGCUGCUCGAGAACCGCCUCUUCGACGUCCACACGGCAAUCCUGGAACUCAUACUGAAGGACAGCACGGCGGUGGCCCUGGAGGCCACGCAGCUCUGCCUGCGGCUGCUGGAGGCGAGCGUCCGCGAGGAGCUGCGGGCGCUGCUCCGGCUCAUGCACGUGGCGGCGCUCGCGAGCUCCUACCGGCUGCACAAGCAGGCCGACAAUCUCGCCGUGGUGCGACGGACGUUCGGCAAGGCGAUCGUGCAGAACAAGGCCCUCUCCAAGAGCCAUGCCGAGCUGCUCAUCUCCUUCCUGAUGGACAACCACGCGGAGAUCUUCAAGGUGCCGGUGUCGCUGCACGUCAUGGUGAGCGAGCGGCUGUCGAGCCUGCAAGAGGGCGGCGACCCCAACCGGCCGCCGGGCUUCACGUACUGCGUGCGGCAGUCGCGCGCCGAGUACGCCGCGGAGGGCGCAAGCGCCACGGAGGAGGCGCUGCGCCAGCUCGUCGCCAGCGUGAGCGAGGACACGGCGCACUCCGCCAAGCACAAGCGGCGGCUGCUCAAGGAGCUGCAGAGGCAUCACCCGCAGGCCUUCUCGCAACACUUUUCCACCAUGCUGUGA